CAGAAGAUAUUGUAGACAUAACAUAAUAAAGUAACUUGACUAUUAUUAAGAAGAUGGUGAAUAUAACAAAUGUGAGCGAGUAUGAAGCAAUUGCAAAGGAAAAGUUGCCAAAGAUGAUUUAUGAUUACUUUGCGUCAGGGGCAGAGGAUGAGUGGACUUUGAAAGAGAAUCGGAAUGCAUUCUCAAGGAUUAUGUUCAGGCCACGUAUUCUUAUCGAUGUAAGCAAGAUAGAUUUGACAACAACUGUCUUAGGCUUCAAAAUAUCAAUGCCUAUCAUGAUUGCUCCUACAGCCGCGCAAAAGAUGGCUCACCCUGAAGGAGAAUACGCUACUGCUAGAGCAGCAUCAGCAGCUGGCACCAUCAUGACACUAUCCUCAUGGGCUACUUCCAGCAUUGAGGAGAUUGUUUCAACAGGACCUGGCAUUCGCUUCCUCCAACUCUAUCUGCUUAAAGACCGAAAUAUGGUUACUCAUCUUGUGAGAAGAGCUGAAAAGGCUGGUUUCAAGGCAAUUCUCCUUACUGCAGACUCUCCGGUCAUUGGUCGUAGAGAGGCUGACAUAAAAAAUAGAUUUAUACUGCCAUCAUAUCUGAGAAUGAAGAACUUUGAAGUCAUGGAUCUUGAAAAGUUGUAUAAGAUUAAAGACAAUGGUGGUCUCAUCUCUGUGACUAAUGGUCUAUAUGACCAAUCACUCACCUGGAAGGAUGUAAAAUGGCUUCAAACAAUCACCCCAUUGCCCAUUUUAGUGAAGGGAGUACUUACGGCUCAAGAUGGUAAACUUAUGUUAACUUUAAUGUUCAUGCUAGAGGAUGGAAAGGAGGUGCCAUUGCCCUCAACUUCUAUGGUGAGCAUUUCAGAUGUCAGUGGAGUGACCCGUAAUGGUCGUGUUUUCUCGGCUCAGCCGAAAUCCCAUGAGGACAUUGUGAAAAGAACUGUUGUUAAUCCUGAUGGUCCCGUGGGGACUUCUUCUCCAAAUAAUUAUGUUCUUGUUAUUAAAGGUGUUGACCCUGUUGAUGUUAAGAAUAAUAAUACUCCUAUCUUGGUGGGCCAGACUGGCAUCUUGAAAGAGGAUGGUGAUGAGAUAUUGAGGCUCAUUAAAAGGAGCGAAGCUUUGUAG